UCCUUCCCUUCCCUGCUGGGCCCGGACUAAGGCGACGGUGUGGGAUGAAGGGGGGGAUCCCGAGCGGGAGUUGGAUGCACACUGCUACAGGAGACCUUUCCUCGGAGCUGCUGUUGCUGCUAAGUUUCAGAAACCGACUGUGAACAGGGUGGGUUGUCUUCUCCUUCCAAGAUCUCAGGUCUGAGUGAGUCUCCGGUGUACGUGUAUAUAUGUUACCUAUAACAUAUACAAUAUAUUGCGUAGCUGCUAAUCUAUUUCCCCCCCGCGAAAGUGGCCAAAGUCUUAUUAUAAUAAGAGUUACUCUAUAUGUGGAAGCAAAGAAAUCUUCCUUCAAGUGGAGCUGCAGUUUUGCUGAAUAAUCACGUGUGAGUUAGGGGCGGGCUCUUGGCAAGGAGGUUUUUUACGAGUAUUUACUACAAGGUCUUACUCCAGAAGAUUAACCAUCCCAAUCCUUCUGUCAGUCUCCGAUGCCAUGCCUGGUUAAAAAAAAAAAAAAAAAAAAUCUCAUCUUUUUUCCGAUCGUCAGUCACCCUAAAGAAUGGCCGAGCCUUCUGGGAACGAGCUGGCGUCCGCGGCUGCCAAGGGGGACCUAGUGCAACUUACUAAUUUGUUGCAAAAGAAUGUAAACGUCAAUGCACAAAAUGGAUUUGGGAGGACUGCGCUGCAGGUGAUGAAACUCGGCAACCCCGAAAUCGCCCGGCGGCUGCUCAGUAACGGGGCGAACCCCAACCUGAAAGACAGUACCGGCUUCGCUGUCAUCCACGACGUAGCCAGGGAGGGGUUUCUGGACACUUUGCAGACUCUGCUGGAGUUCAAAGCCGAUGUUAACAUUGAGGACAACGACGGCAACCUGCCCUUGCACUUGGCGGCCCAGGAGGGGCAUGUGCGGGUGGUGGAGCUGCUGCUGGCGCGCUCCGAGUGCAAGGUGGGCCACCAGAACAAGCGGGGGGCCACCGCCUACGACCUGGCCAGGCUCUACAGGAGGGCGGCCGUGGUGGAGCUCCUGGAGGCCAGCAGCUCCUUCCCCCCCAGCAUGGACUGAACCCCGCUAGGACGGGCUCUCCUUUGGACCUGAGGGUGUGCAGACUUAUCGGGGUGUUUCCCUCCUUUUUAACAACAUUUGUUGCUACAUUACUUUUUUUUUUUCCUUCUGAACAUCUGGUAGUGUAAGUCUCAGAAAAUUCCAGAGGUGGGUUUUUAGAUAACAGAAAUGUUUUAAAUCCAUGCUCCCAGCAGUUUCCUAUACCUUUCACUUUUCACAGUACUCCCAGGCUCAUCCGUGUCUAUGUUGGUUGCUCAUAUCUAGUUUUCCAGUAUCAACUUUUACAGUUUAUUUUAGGUCGUUCAUAUCAAGUCAUUAAUACAAGAGCUACUAUUCACAUGUUUAAUAUUGCUGGACUUUUAAGGAAAGGAAAUACUUUACUGUGAUUUCUCCCACCUCUCAGUGCACCCCUCCCUUCUCCUCACUCCCCCUACCGCUUUUGCUCAGGCUCAAGAGUCUGAGGUCCUGUUUUAGAUAAAAACAUCCUUUUAAAAAGGGGUCACCUGCAGCCCCUGCACAGGCAGAGCUGGAAGUCAAAGGCUGCGUGGCCUGAGGACAGUGGAUGGCGCUUAGAUGCUUUAGGCAGUAACUGUAUUUUGUCACUAACGAGAGCUUGUAGAACUAGGACACUUACUUUCUAAAUGUAGAUGACACUUUUCCUCUUUGUGUAUUUAAACUUUCACCGAUCUGGUUUUGAAUUUAGUUACCAGAAACAGUAUAAGUGGUGUUUCUUCGAUUGCCAGAGGUUUUAAACAGCUCAGUUUAGUAGUUCGUGUUUACUGUGCACUGCAGAAGACUUUUUUUCUAGUUUCAAAACAAGCAGCAGAGAACCAUUGUCAAAGGCAAGAGGACACGAAGGCUGCAAUACAAGACUUCUGGUCACUUCAUCUGCUGGUUGCAGUUUAGAUGUUCUCUGAGUAAUAUUUGCUUUCCACCAACUAUUCUUUUUAGUCUGGAAAUAAACUAUUUUAAGGACAGCAUCUCACAAAACAAGAAUAUUUGAAUACAGUGUAAUUUAGGUAGCAGCACUUUUGAUAUUUGUGAAGUUUUUGCUUGCACCUAAAACACAAUUUAACCAUUGGAAAUUUUCUAUUGCAACACAGUUGAGAGUAUUCACCAGACUGAAACUCAUUUGCCUCUCCAGCCUCAACAGGAGCUAACGAUGCUCAGCACCGUGUCGGGAAGAGCCUAUUAUGAAACUUUUAACAUUCGUACAGGAUCUACUUGUUGGGAAGAUGGGCAGUUUAAAGUGCUUCAUUUUGAAUAGUCUGAAUUUCAGCCGUGCAAAAUAGAAGGUUUUAAAUCAAUGCAAAAUGAAUGCUACUUUAAAUAGCACUUAAAAGAGGAGAGGAAAUACAUUAGUUUAGUUUUUAACUUUUUUUUAAAUUAGCCCCACAAAAACAGUUACUACAUUUUCAAGUAAAAAAUAAUUUGCUGAAACUGUCUGUCACAUUUACUAUAAGCUCUGUCAUACUGCUGUGUUCUGAUUAAAAACCUCUGUGAAAUAUGAAAA